UAGCUUGGUUAUAGAACUGGACAGAGGAAAUAAGAACCGUGAUCACCAGUAAGCCCGGCAAGCCCCAAACAAAGACUGAUUUUCGAUUUUCACUGAAUCGAAUUUUUUGAUCAAGCUUGCCAUGUGUCUCCAAGCAAAUAUCGAUCAAACAAUCAGUGAGAGUGCAGUUUAAACGAAAGUUAGGUGUCUUUUAUUUAAUAACAAUGGAAUUGGUGAAAAAGGAUUUGAUAGAAACGAUCACCAAGGAAUGCAAGAAAAGAGAUAUUGACGUUUCAAGUGAUUUAGUUUCUUUCUUGUUAUCAUUGAUGCUUUUACAUCCUGAAUACUCAAUCAAUAAAGGGAAUGAUGAAGAAAUGUUCAAAAUGGUCUCGGUAUUGAUAGAAAAAUUACUUGACGAUACAAAACCAAGCAUGGUCACUAUCAAAAUUCAACUUUAUUUCGCUAAGCAUUAUUUUGAUAGAGGAGACAUCAUCAGAAAGCACAGAUUAAGACUUCACGAAAAAACUGCAUCGUUAGUGAAGGAAAUAUGCGAGACGAGAAAAUUAGAAAGCAACAGAGAUAUGGAAAAACUUUAUCAAAAAAUAUUGGUAGUGAUUACACUACUGAGUGGCUUAGGAAAUCCGACAGUGCCUCCCGUACUCAGAGAGGUUUCGGUGGCACUACAAAGUGUUUAUCAGCUUUCUGAAUUGCUACAUUUCAUAUCUCUGGAAAAGGAUGAAAAAGAAGAACAACUAAUGGAAUUAAUGUGUAUUGUCACGGGCAUUCGUCUCUUCAAUCGAGAUUGUCAAAGAGGAGGCGAGGGAAUUGAUGAUUUGCCAAGUAUUUUGCAAGAUGCAAUAAAAAAGACUCACUCUUCCAUUGUUGAGCUUUUGGAACAACUGAUGCAAAAAGUCUACAAAUUCACUACUGCAGUCGAAACUGUACUUCCGGAUGAUUUUUCUGAUGAAGGUUUUUGCUGCUGCGAUGAUAAAAAACUUCCAAAUUUUGUUAUCGAAGAUGAUGUCCAGUGGUGUAUUGAAAUGCUCACAGCAUUUCGUCAAAAAGAAAUUUACAUAAGAAAAAUACUAUCUGAUAUUGAAAGUUGUGAGACCGAAUUGAAAUGCAUUUUGCAACGUCUUCAGAAUCGACUGAUCAAACUUCAUGAAACUGUUCGUUACAGAACAGCAAUUCCAACUGCUCAAGUUUAUCCUCAGUUUAUAGACAUGGCAGAUAUCUGGAUGAGUCUUCAAGACGAAGUGAUAGCUUUGAGUCACACUAAUCGUUUCCUCUGGCAGUUACAGAAUCUCUAUGUCAAGACUAUUAACGUUUAUGACGAAUCUCUACUGAAUAAUGUGAUAAAAGGGAAAGGAGUCUUAAGUGAUGCAGAGAGAUUGGAAAAAUCUAUGGGGCAUAUGAUAACUGAAUGUGGUGAAUGUGAGCUCUACUAUUCAAAUUCUACCAAGGAUUUUGAAAAAAUUCACUUAGAGUUUCUUGGCUUUUGUGCAUGGAGUUUUGUGGUAGGCAAAGGUUCCCUCAUACCUGGGAAUCCAAAUAUUGGAAUCGCCAAGUGGAGAGGAAAAUAUUUUGCAUUCAGUUCGGCAAAAGCUGCUCAGAAAUUUGGAGAACAACCAAACAAGUACUUGUUCGAGGCUUUGAAUUUCGUCCGCAACCAUCUCGAAUUCGUUCAUCUUUUCCAAAUUUACAAAGAUGUGGAAGCUAUCAGAAAUCAAGAAGUGUUGAGUGAAGAUGGUCCUUUUCUAAAUAUUAAUCACGAUCAGGAAGUUCAGACCGAGUUGCAUGUUUUGCCAACUUUUAUUGACAAAAAUUAUUCCUCUAAUAUUUGGGAUCAUAGGAGAAAAGCUCUAAAAUUGGCAUCAAUUUGUCGAUCAGCAACAAGAAGUACCCAGACGCAGAAAUCACAUUUUAGAAGUGGAGCACAGAACCAAGCAGCACCUCCUAAAAAUCGAGAAGUUCAAACGAAAAGAGAUCACUCAACAAACACCAAAAAACUACAAACGUACAUCUUUGGUUUACGAGGCAGACGCGAUGACGCUCAGCAUGUUCUAACGAUCGUAGAAGACGAAAGAAAAAAUUAUUAAUUCCUUAUCGAAUAAUUAAUAAUUCCCGAAAUAUUUAAAAAUUAUUUUCUAAAGUAAAAA